AUGGCGAGCCAUGGCAUCGUCCCCACCAGCCAGCCAAUGGCGGCAUCUAUGAGCGGAGGUGCCGUGCAACAGCAGCCGCCGCCACCUGAGGAGGCGUUGCCCACGGACGUGGCGACGAUCUUCUCGCAGGAGCCCACCCACGAGGCGGAGGCACGAGACGGGGCAGAAAGUCUGAGCGCGAGCGACAUGGACCUGAAGAGGGCGGAGAUCACGCGUACGUUCUUCCAGACCUUCUUCGAGUACCCCAUCGGGGCCGGCGGGACCCAGCAGCAGCAGCAGCAGGUGGCCGUGGACCUGGUGGACUUCCUCUACGAGAGCCUCGUGCCGGCCCGCUACCGCCAGCGCAAGCAGGAGCGCGCCAAGUACCGCCUCAACGAACUGCGCGACGCCUUCCACAGGGCCACCACCACCACCACCACCACGGCCCCGCCCCCCUCCCCGGCCGACCCGCUCCUCUCCCUCCCGCCCCACCUCCUCCAGCUGCACCGGCAGCACCAGCAGCACCAGCACCAGCAAGCGACCGCUGCCGCCGCGAACGCGUCGAUGCCUUUUGGCGGCGUGGAGGCCUCCUUCCCUCUCUCCCUCCCUCCUCCGCCUGAGCAGCAGCAGCAGCAGCAUCAGCAGCAUCAGCAGCAACAUCACCAGCAUCAGCAUCAGCAGCAACAGCACCAUCACGCCCCCACUGGCGUCGCCGGCGACGCUGCCGGCCCGACAGAGCAGCAGCUAGUCCUCGGCGCUCACUUCCCAACCACAGCGGCGGCGGCGGCUGGCGGCGGUGGUACGAAGCGGAAGCAGGUGUUCGACAAGAAGGCGUGGACGAAGCGCCAGUCGAAUCGUACCUACUGGCUGGGCAUGCGCGGACCGCUCUUCCCGGCUCGCAUGCCCCUGCUGCGCAAGCUGGAGAGCCUCCUCGGCCACCCCCUCUCGCACCUCUCCGAACACACCUUCCGCCUCGCCUGGGAGCGCGAGCAGCAACCGCGCCUCGGCCCCGGCCCCGCAGACGGCGGCGACGGCGGCGGCGGCGGCGUGGCGUCGUCGCCCCUCCAAAGCGAAGACCCCGCCCACGUGUGGUGGAGAGAGGCUGACCGUUCGUUCGUGCACUUUGUGUUCGAUGUGCCCGGCGUGGAGGAGGAGCCCAAGUUCACGUUCAGCAAGGCCACCCGCAGAUGGCGGCUGGAAGGCUAUCGGGCAGAGACGUAUGUGAGCAGCUACCGGGUGCAGCAGCGGUGGCAGGGCAAGUUCUGCGUCCAGGGCACCUUCCCUCCCUCCGUGGACGUGAGCGCCGUGCCCACGACCGCCUUCGCCAGCGGCCUCUACCACGUGCUCCUGGCCGAAUUCGUCGACUGA